GGGGGGAAGCGCGGAAAUGCCGCCUCGGCUCCCGAGAGCGCAGCGCCCUCGGGCAGCGCGGGGCGCGCUGGAAAGGGCUCUGGCUGCGAGGCUCGCACGGGCGCUGCAGGGAAGGGAAAGUGAAGGCACCGCCGGGACAUCGGUCCUGAGGUGGGCUCGGGAGCUGCUGGCGUCUUCUUUAGCACAGAGCUUGAUAAAAGUCCAUGGCAGAGCUGCCGUGCCGAUGGUGUGUGCGCCGGAGAGAGAUGACAGUGAUAGCUGGAAUUUGUGUGGGAGGGCAGUGCAGGAAAUCCCCAAAUUCUCAUGCGAACUCCUCCCCGCUUUUGGGUCUGAAAGGAAGCAGCAAACCUCACAGUUCUGCUUGAAGAAGUGUGGGGAAAGGCGCUCUGUGAGUGAAAUUUGUGCAAGGCUCGGAAGCAUGGAAAGCCUCUGUGCAGCAAACAGCACUUUUGCUGUGGAGCUGUUAAGAAAGCUGUGUGAGAAGAGUGGGCAGAAUGUGUUCUUUUCACCAUUUAGUAUUUCUUCUGCUUUGUCUAUGGUAUUGCUGGGUUCAAGAGGUGGCACUGAAGCCCAGAUAAGCAAGGUGCUUUCUCUGAAGAACGCCCAGGAUGCUCACAAUGGGUAUCAAUCCCUUCUCUCUGAAAUCAAUGAUCCAAACACCAAAUACAUCCUGAGGACUGCAAACCGGCUCUAUGGAGAAAAGACCUUUGAGUUUCUUCCAUCAUUUAUAGAGUCCAGUCAGAAAUCCUACCAUGCUGGCCUGGAACAGAUGGACUUCCUGCAUGCUUGGGAGGAUGCCAGAAAACAAAUCAAUGGCUGGGUGGAGGAAAGGACUGAAGGUGAUAAAAUUCAGAACCUGUUGGCAGAGGGGAUUCUGAAUUCCCUGACCAGGCUUGUGUUGGUGAAUGCCAUCUAUUUCAAAGGCAACUGGGAAAAGCCAUUCAUGAAAGUGUGUACCAGAGAGAGGCCAUUCCACAUUAAUAAGAAUGGAACCAGACAUGUGCAGAUGAUGUUCAAGAAGGCAAAUUUUAACAUAAGCUACAUCGGAGACUUGCAGACCAAAAUCCUUGAGCUCCCCUAUGUGGGUAAUGAACUGAGCAUGAUCAUCCUGCUCCCUGAUGCAAUCCAGGAUGGAUCCACAGGCUUGGAAAGACUUGAAAGGGAAAUUACAUAUGAGAAGCUGAUGGAUUGGAUCAGUCCUAAAAGGAUGAGGUCUACAGAAGUGAAUGUGUCUUUACCCAGAUUUAAACUGGAAGAAAAUUAUGAUCUGAAACCACUUCUGAGCAGCAUGGGAAUGCCUGAUGCAUUUGAGAUGGGCAAGGCAGACUUCUCAGGAAUCUCACCUGGUAAUGAGCUGGUGCUCUCUGAAGUGGUUCACAAAUCCUUUGUGGAAGUCAAUGAAGAAGGCACUGAAGCAGCUGCUGCCACAGCAGUAGUGGUGAUACCUUGCUGUGCUAGGAUUGUUCCAGAAUUCACUGCUGAUCAUCCUUUCCUCUUCUUCAUCCGGCACAACAAAACUUCCAGCAUUUUGUUCUGUGGCAGAUUUUGCUGUCCCUAAGGAGGAGAUGUCUUGGCUGCAUAGGUGCCAUCUCACAAUGAAUUUAUAUUUCCCUAGAACAAGUUGACUCCUUUUGCACUCAUUGUCUUUUUCAGCUGUGCCUGCACCCUCUUGUGUGAUCUUGAUCUUGGGCUUGGCAGCAAUAAGGGAGCUGCUUAGACAAACAGAGCACCUGCCAUGUCCAACCCCUCCUGUGCCUGUGUGCAGAGGUCUCCAGGUUCUGGCUGACACAAGAACCAUCCCACUUGCUCUUGCAACACUUCUUCUGUGCUUGGCUUCACUUUUGGUGUCCAGCAGGCAGAGUCAGGCACUGAGAGCCCAUGAGAGUGAAGAAGUUACUUUUGCUUGUGACAAGGCUGGAGCACUUUUUUAGCUGCCCUCCCCUUUUACCUUCCAGUCUCACCCACUGAGUGCCUUGAUUCAUUGCCUGGAGCUGAAAGGAGUUUUUGGCAGCCUGUUCCAGGUAUUGCUGAGCUUCUUGUGUAGAUGUGGGGGUUUGGCCAACAACUGGACCAGCUCUUAGGCAAGAAUGAGAAUGAGAGUAUGCUUUUGUACCUAAUGGCCCCGUGUGAAAUUCAAAGCUGUGUUUUGUGUCAGGCACAUACAGGCAACUUUUCUAUUUGUGAUUGUGAUAUGCAUGGAAACCAACCAUGGCACAGUAGUGAAGACAAAUUCUAAUAAAUAACUGAGGAGGUAAGGCAUGGAAGAAGGCCUUUGAACCUAUCCUUUGUUCACAAUUAACCUUUAUAAGUCUUAAGUUGAUUUAGGAGCAUUUGAACUAAAGCUUUAAGGAUGUUGCUGUUUGACAGGUACUUUCUGCUUGUAGCUAAGCCUUAAAGAGUUUUGCAAUAAUAACCUUUUGAAGUGUAACUUCAGAAUAUUGCUUGUAGUAAGGAUCUUUGAAACUAUAGCUUUAGAAUAUGUAAAAAGGAAAGGUGCUUGUCUCGACACCUUAACAAAACAGUGAAAAGCAACUUGAGAAAGGAAGAUGAACAUCAACUCAAGGAUUGAUAGGUUCGACCAAGGGAAGCUGGCCAUCACUGUUAUGAUAUUUCUAGUCCUUGCAGUUAAAAGGUGGACCCACAUCUGGAAUCUGGACCUCACCAGCUGGGAGACUUCUUUCUUCUUUCGGAAGCUGGACCCCACCGUCUGGGGAUACUCCUUUCUGGGAUACAUCCUGAGAAAAACUAAAUCACAAUAGUGUAUAGAAUUGUGAUGUAGGAAUUGGGAAUAGAAACUGCUGAGAAAGCUUAUGAGUACCCCUACAAAUACCUGUAAGCCUCAAUAGUAGAUGUGCAGUUGGAGGGAAAACUUUCCCACUGUACCCAGUGCUGUAUUGCUCAUACUUUACCUUUAAUUAAUAAAUUGAUUGCUGCUUGAAUAUUGGCCUAGUCAAGCUUCUCAACCUGUAUUUGUGGUGAGAGCACCUUUUGUACAUCAUCCCAGGACACCUGUGCUUAUUCCCUGUCCCCUUGCUUCUGCUUCUUUAACCAAGAAUGUAACACAAGGGCACAUGGUGCCUAUGCAGUAAUUGAUUUAGAAAGCCUUGAUUUUAGCUUAUUUCCUUUGCUGCUAUUAUAUGUCAAUCCUCAUAAUAUUCUCUUAGCCAUCACAGUUUACCUGUGGUAUACCGAAGACAAGAGAUGCAACAGCUUUUCUUCUGUUGGGAUGUAUUUUGUGGGUCCUGUUCCUGGAAUAAUAAAAGAAGUAUAAGCGCUG